AUGUCCGGGAUGUCCGACUCCGCUGGGGGCGUGCGCGCGGGCGCGGAGCUGAUGGUGGAGCAGUUCCACCUCAAGGUGCUCCACGCCGUCCUCGCCGUGCGCACGCCGCGCCCGCUCGCCGCCGCGGCGUCGUCGUCGUCGUCGUCGUCGUUCAGGCGGAGGGACAGGUGGUUCCAUCUCCCGCUCCACGACCCGCCGCCGCCGCCCGAGGCGGCCGACCGCCUGGACGAGCUGGCCCCCGGGGAGCCGCUGGUGGUGGACGUCCUCCUGUGCCCCGCCGGUGGUGUGGGAGCCCGAGGGGAGGUGGUGGAGAGGUGGACUGUGGCGUGCGAGCCCUGGCCGGACGCCGCGGGCGGCGAGGAGGUUGCCGUGAACCGGGCGUACAAGCACUGCUUCACGCUGCUCAGGUCCGUCUACGCCGCCCUCCGCGUCCUCCCGGCGUACCGCAUCUUCCGCCUCCUCUGCGCCAAUCCCUCCUACAACUACGAGAUGGGCCACCGCUUUGACACCUUCGCCGAGCCCUUCUCGCGCCCCCAGGAGGCCGCCAUGCGUUCCCAACGCUUUGUUCCCGUCGAAACCCAGCUCGGUCGCCUCGUCGUUUCCGUCCAGUACCUCCCCAGCCUCGCCGCCUUCAAUCUCGAGAUCACCUCCCUUUCGCCCUCCGUGAUAAUCCCAGACUACGUCGGCAGCCCAGCCGCUGAGCCCAUGCGAGCCUUCCCGGCCUCUCUUACAGAAGCCACGGGCUCCGGCUUCCCACCGUCCUAUCAGCAGCAGCGCCCACACAGCUGGGCUUCGCCUGCGUUCUGGCCGCACACGCCGGCACACCAGGCCAGGUUCUCGCCGCCUACAGUGUUUUACGCGUCACCGACGCCAUCGCCUCCCCACUUUCCACCCCGUCUCAUGAGGUGGGAGUCUGCGCCAAUGCCCAUACCACAGGUGAACGAGAGGAGGAGCCCCGCACACCGCCAGAAUCUGCUACCACCGCCUUUGCCGAGAAGAGGAGACAUGGGGGCAGCAGGUGCUCUGGAGUCUCCAUCUGAGAGUGGCCGGUUGAUUGGGAGGAUGGAGGAACUUCGGAUAGCUGAUCCAUAUGCGACCUCGUCACCCAGACAUAAGGGCAAGGACAAUAAAGAUGAAUCUGGCAGAUUCUCUGCACUCUCCUCAUGUGAUUCACCACGGCAAGAUGAUCUGGAUGAUGUGGAUUACCAUUUUGACGUUGAUGAUGUUGACACUCCAGUCUCCCAGCCUCGGAGCGCUGAUGGGAAGGAAACAGGUGAUCAGGUUGGUUCAUCAUCCCAUAAAUCUCAAGACGCACAAGUCGGUUCUCUAGUCAACCUGCUGAGAAACGCCCGCCCUCUGCGAAAUCCUAGCAAUUCAUCACAAACUUCAAGGGCUGAGGCCAGCGAAGUAGCCUCAGCAAGCUCGGUCACAUCCCGCAGGACAUCUGACGCGCUUGAGGAGCUCCAGUCCUUCAAAGAGAUAAGGGAGCGACUGCUGUCCCGGAGCAGCGCAAAACAUCAAGAGCCACCGGGAAAGCCAUAG